UGACGGAAAUUAAAGAAAAAAUAAGGCUAUGUCUAUGUGAGAUAGAGACUGAAAAAGGCUUUACCAUCAAAUUAUAAAACCAAAAAGAAAAAGUAAAUAACCCCACCUCAAAUAUCAAAAAUCCAUCUCCCCAGGUGUGAGUGUGUGACUACACAAAACUAAAUUUAAAUUAUAAACAAAACAAAACAAAACAAAACAAAUUAUAAUUCCAUCGUUUUCCCGUUGCUUUGCUCUUUCCUGUCCGUUGGAACACUCCACCUCAACUACACCACCUCUGCUGUGCUUACUACUCUCUUUUCUCUCUCCCUUUUUUGUCAAAAAUUAUGCACCAGUAAUAUCAGUAGCAGUAGUAAUCUUUCAAGGGAGAAAGGGGGAGGGGGAAAUUCAGUUGGGCAUGAAUCCUGAGCAAUUACCGCCGCCACCACAACCACCGCUUCCCCAUUUGAAAUCCACUAGCUGUGACCGUCACCCUGAUGAGCAGUUCACUGGAUUCUGCCCUUCUUGUCUUUGUGAACGUUUAGCGGUUCUAGAUAAAUCGUCCUCUACUACCGUCACUUCCGGCCGUAAAUCCGCUUCAUCUGCUCUUAAAUCAUUGUUUAAGCCUGGCAGUAGUAACAACAACGACAGCGGUGGUGGGCCCGCGUUACGAGGUAGGCCGAGUUCGACCUCUUUUUUGCCGGAACUCCGACGAACGAAGUCGUUUUCCGGGGGAAAGAACGAGGGGGGUUUCCUUGGAUUCUCCGGCGCUUUCGAACCGCAGCGAAAGUCUUGCGACGUUCGUGGGAGGAGCACUCUUUUCUCUCUCUUCUCACAGGAGCAGCGCUGUGCACAACAAAUCCACCAUCCUGUAAUUAAUGAGCCUUCGACUUCUUCAGCGGUGAUUGAAUUGAAGGCUGGAGAGUUGGGCGUCGGCGAUCACGUGGUAGGCGAGGCGGCCGAGGAAGAAUUUCAUGAGGGCAUUGAUAAUGGGGAUGAAAUCCAGGUUAUAGAGGAGGAAAUUGUUGAGUGCAAUGAUGAUAAUAAUAAUUACAAUAGUGUGGAUAAUAAGGUGAGAAACUCGUCGGGUGAGCAGGCGGUGGGUCGAAUUUCGCAACGGGAGACGGUUGAUUUGAAGCCAAUGAAAGACCAUAUUGAUCUAGAUUCGCAGAAUAAGAAGGUGGGUAACAAGGAUUCCAAAGGAAGUUUUUGGUCUGCGGCCUCGGUUUUUAGCAAAAAAUUGAGGGCGUGGACUAGGAAGAACAAUAAUCAGAAGAUUAAAAAGCAUAUGGGUGGGUCUCAUACUGUACAAGUGACUGGUAAAAAGAGUAAUGCCGGCCGGAAUUACAGGGAUACUCAAUCUGAAAUUGCUGAUUAUGGGUUUGGGAGGAGAUCUUGUGAUACUGAUCCUAGGUUUUCUCUUGAUGCUGGGAGGUUUUCCGUUGAUGCCGCUACGGCAGGGAGGUAUUCAGUUGAUGCUGGGAGGAUGUCAUUUGAUGAUCCCAGGUGUUCUUUUGAUGAGCCUAGAGCUUCUUGGGAUGGUUAUUUGAUUGGUAGGAAUUUUCCGAGGAUGAUACCGCCUAUGGUUUCAGUAGUGGAGGAUGCUCCACCACCUCCAGUGGCGGUGUUGAGGAAAGAUGCUCAAAUUCCGGUGGAGGAACCAAGGAGGAGUUCGGUUUCAAUUAACGGGGAUGAUCCUUUUCCUGGUGGUGCUUCCCAGACUAAAGAUUAUUACUCGGAUUCAUCGUCCAGGAGGAGAAAGAGUCUUGACAGGUCUAGCUCCAUUCGGAAGACUGCAGCUGCUGUGGUUGCUGAAAUGGAUGAGAUGAAGAAUGAGUGUGGUGUCAAGAUCUCACCUCCUUGUGCAGACUAUUUAAAUGGUACCAAAGUUGUUGCUGGUAUUGGUAUUGGUAUUGGUGGUGGUGGUGGUGGUGGUGGUGGUGGUGAUAGGGAUUUUAGGGGGUUGGAUAUGUUGAACUCUAAUUCUAAUACUAAUUCGCUUAGAGAUGAUUAUUCAGAGAGCUUUGAUAUGGGAUAUAGGGAUAAUGCUUCAGUGAUAGGUAGUAACUGUGACAGAAAAGGAUCAAAGAAGUCUAGUAGAUGGAGGGCAUGGAACAUUUGGGGUUUAAUUUAUCGGCGAGGUAAUACGAAAGGUGACGAUGAAGAUAGAUACAGUAGGUCAAUACCAAAUGGGGUAGAGCGGUCAUACUCGGAGUCUUGGCAAGGUGAUCCAAGAGGAGGUUUUAGUAGAAACAUGUUUCGAAGUAAUAGCAGUGUGAGUUGGAGGAACUCAUAUAACGUAGGGGGUGCAGCAACAGGAUCAUUUGGAAGUAGUAGUAGCAUGAAGAAGGCGGGUGGUGGUGGUGGUGGUGGUGGUGGUGGUGGUACAAAGAAAAAGGAAGAGUUUGUAUUAGAGAGGAAUCGGAGUGCAAGAUACUCUCCGAGUCAUAAUAGUACUCAUACUACUGAUAACAAUGGGAUGUUACGGUUCUAUUUGACACCAAUGAGAGGUAGCCGAAGGGGAAGCUCAGGGAAACCGAAACCAGCUUAUUCACAUUCCUUCGCAAGGAGUGUGUUACGAUUCUAUUAACUUUGAUCAUUCUGAAUUCUGAUGGGUUUCUAUUGAUUGAUUCAUGUCUAAUAUAGUUUCUCUGUUUCCUUUUAUGGUUAAUAUUAUAAAAGCACCCUUGCAUUUAAGGUUUCAUGUUUCAUCAGAAAUCUCUUUCUUUGAUCAAUGACCAAAACUGGGUUGUACAUUGUUUUAGUUUUAAUUUUCCCCUGUUUUAACCACAGUAGCAGGAAUCAGGAAUGUAUACUGAAAAAGUGGCUUCCUGAAUCACUCUAAUCUUAUAAUAAACAUUCCUCAGACUCUCAGAGGAAGUUUAAUUCUGUC